AUGUCCAAGAAUCCAUCAAAGCCAAACAUCGUACUCAUUCUAGCCGAUAACCUUGGCUGGGGUGAGCUUGGCUGCUAUGGUGGUGGUGUCCUCCGUGGUGCUGCGACACCUCGCAUCGACAACCUCGCCACAGAAGGUCUCCUCCUGCACAACUUUAAUGUGGAGAGUGAUUGUGUUCCUACACGCUCAGCCUUGAUGACAGGUCGUCAUCCUAUCCGCACAGGUUGUCGACAAUCGGUUCCCGCAGGUUUCCCUCAAGGCCUCACAAGUUGGGAGCAAACGCUUCCAGAAUGUCUCAAACCAAAAGGCUAUGCAACCGCUCAUCAUGGCAAAUGGCACCUUGGUGAUAUCCCCGGGAGGUACCCUUCUGACCGGGGCUUUGAUGAGUGGUUCGGAAUCCCGAGAACAACAGACGAGAGCCAGUUUACUUCUGCAUUGGGAUACACGCCCGAGGUUGCAGAGCUACCAUAUAUCAUGAAGGGCCUCGCAGGGCAAGAUUCUGAGAACGUUUGCGUUUAUGACCUCGAGAAGCGGCGGUUGAUUGAUGAGAUGCUCGUUGAUCAGUCAAAAGACUGGCUAACGCGUCAAGUCAAGGCUGAAAGCCCUUUUUUCUUGUAUCAUCCGCUCGUCCAUCUCCAUUUCCCGACGCUGCCUCAUCGAGACUUUGAGGGCAAGACCGGCCAUGGAGAAUUCGCUGAUUCAAUGGCUGAAAUGGAUUACCGGGUUGGCCAGUUGAUCGAUCAUCUGGACGAGUUGGGAGUUCGCGAGAAUACCGUCCUCAUCUUUGCCUCAGAUAAUGGGCCAGAGUUCAGACCGCCGUACAAAGGUACUGCUGGGCCAUGGUCUGGAACAUAUCACACGGCCAUGGAAGGUAGUCUGAGAGUGCCUUUCAUCAUUCGUUGGCCAGGCCGUGUUCCUAGUGGCGUAACAUCCAAUGAGAUGGUCCACGUAACCGACAUUUUCACCACCAUUCUCGAAAUCGCUGGUGCGGAGACACCAUCCGAUCGUCCUAUCGACGGCGUCAGUCAAGUUGCAUUUUUCCAAAAUCCAACUUUAGUAAAAUCCCAGCGCGAAGGAUUUCUGUUUUACAUCAAGGACGAACUGCGUGCUGUGAAGUGGAAGGACUGGAAACUUCAUCUGGUCUGGGAACCUAAAGUAAAUCAGUCGUCUGGGAAGCUCGAGUCGCCAUAUCUGUUCAACGUUGUGAGAGAUCCGAAGGAGGAGACAGAUAUCCUGGCUUAUAAUACCUGGGUCAUACAACCGGUAAUGAAGUUGAGAACAGCAUUUGCUAAGAGUCUAAAGAAUGAUCCUGCACCACCAGACCCUUUGAAAGGGUUGUAG